AAUGAGUUCCGAGGUGAGCUGCUGAGUCAAAGGUGGACGCGGGGAGAAAAGAUCAGCAGUUGCAAAACAGCAAAAAGCCUCCACGGCGGACACAUCAAGAUGAGCUUAGAGAAUGACGAUAAGCGAGCACGCACGCGAUCAAAGGCAAUCAGAGUGCCGACAGAACUCAUUGGCCAGGAGGUAAGCUGCCCCACUCCAGGAUGUAAUGGUUCGGGACACAUUCGGGGAAAGUAUGCACGGCACAGGAGUUUGCAAAGUUGUCCGCUGGCAAAGAAGAGAAAGCUUCAAGAUGCAGAGGCCGAACACCUGGCGUCCAAGAGGAAGUCCCACCCGCUUAAACUAGCCCUCGAUGAAGGCUACAGUGUGGACAGCGACGUGAGCGAAGAGGCGGAGGCAAAGGAAGAGUCGGUGACAGACGAUUCAGAGUGCUCCUUGGAAGAAGAAGAGGCCGAGACGGCAGAGCAGGAGGAAUGCUGCAGCAGCCCUCCGCCGGCAGAAGGGCAAAACUCCCAAAGUCCACAUCCUGGGCAAAGUACAGAAUCGGUUACCCCCGGCCUGCUCAAGGCUAGCUACAACAGCUAUCAAGAAAUAAUUGCCAACUCUCUUUUAAACCUAGGCCAAAUAGCGGAAGGAUCUUUGGCCACCCAAGGGGCUGAAAGCGAAGGGCCGGUCUCCAAAGCCGGCGAGGAUGUCAUGCACUUAGUCCACGAAGGAGUGGCGGAGGAGGAAGAGGAAGAGGAGGAGGCGGUUGAGGAGGAAUGCGAGAAGGAGAUCAUCAUCCAGACGGAGGACGCGGAGGAAGUCAUUGAGGUCACCAGCGAACAGAGCAGUGACGUGUGCCUGGAGCAUCGGGACGACGAGGCGAGCGGCGAAGAAUCCUGCAAAUUGGGGAAGGAAGAAGAGGAGGAGGAGGAGGACAAUGAGGAGGAGGAGGAAGAGGAGGAGGAGGAAGAAGAGGAGGAGGAGGAAGAGGAGGAAGAGGAGGAAGAGGAGGAGGAAAGGAUGGCCGAAGCGAUCUGUGAAGAAGCCCGUCGCGCGUCUCAGGACUCCCCCAAAACCCACUGUGAAGGGCAGCUGGUCAGCCCCAAGCCCGAGUACUCUGUCAUCGUGGAGGUGAGGUCCGACGACGACAAGGACGAUGACUCCCACUCCCAGAAAUCCACUGUGACGGACGAGUCGGAAAUGUACGACAUGAUGACCCGGGGGAACCUGGGCCUCUUGGAACAGGCCAUUGCCCUGAAAGCGGAGCAAGUGAAAGUCGUAAGGGAGCCCGGCCAGCUGGCGGGGGAGCAUGUCAAACAUUUCCAUGUGGAGGAGAAGCACGGCAAAGCCCUGGACUCCAUCAGAAAGAGCUACUACAGCAAAGAUCCUUCGAGACCCGAGAAACGUGAGAUCAAAUGCCCAACUCCCGGCUGCGAUGGCACAGGUCACGUCACGGGGCUGUAUCCUCACCACCGCAGUCUGUCUGGCUGCCCGCACAAAGACAGGAUCCCUCCAGAGAUCUUGGCCAUGCACGAGAAUGUAUUAAAAUGCCCAACACCCGGAUGUACUGGACAGGGCCAUGUGAACAGCAACCGCAAUACACAUCGAAGUUUAUCUGGAUGCCCCAUCGCCGCAGCUGAGAAACUAGCCAAAUCUCACGAGAAACAGCCGCCGACAACUGGCGACCCUUCAAAGAAUAGCUCAAAUUCUGAUCGGAUACUCAGGCCUAUGUGCUUUGUGAAGCAACUGGAGGUGCCUCAGUACGGGAGCUACAGGCCGAAUAUGGUUCCCACCACGCCAAGGGCCAACUUGGCCAAGGAGCUGGAGAAGUACUCCAAGGUCACCUUCGAUUAUGCAAGUUUUGAUGCUCAGGUUUUUGGCAAACGCAUGCUUGCCCCAAAGAUUCAGACUAGCGAAACCUCACCUAAAGCCUUUAAAUGCUUCGACUACUCCCACGACGCCGAGGCCGCGCACAUGGCGGCCACCGCCAUCUUGAACCUCUCCACCCGCUGCUGGGAAAUGCCUGAAAAUCUCAGCACCAAGCAACAAGAUCUCCCCAGCAAGUCAAUGGACAUCGAGGUGGACGAAAAUGGGACUUUGGACUUAAGCAUGAACAAGCACCGCAAACGCGAGUGCGCCUUCCCCAGCAGCAGCAGCUGCAGCAGUAGCCCCAGCAUCAAAUCCCCAGAUGUCUCCCAACGCCAAAACAGCACCAGUGCCACAAGCAGCACCAUGACCUCACCCCAGUCCAGCCACGCGUCCCGGCAGGACGAGUGGGAUGGCCCCAUCGACUACACCAAACCAAACCGGCAGCGGGAAGAGGAGCCGGAAGAGUCGGAGCCUGCCGUCCGAUCUUUCGCUUCUUCGGAAGCAGACGACCAGGAAGUACCUGAAGAAAAUUUUGAAGAGAGGAAAUACCCUGGGGAAAUCACCUUAACCAACUUCAAGCUGAAGUUCCUUUCCAAGGAGAUCAAGAAAGAGCUGCUAACUUGCCCUACCCCAGGCUGUGAUGGCAGCGGACACAUCACUGGGAACUAUGCUUCUCACCGCAGCCUUUCUGGUUGCCCUCUUGCUGACAAGAGCCUCAGAAAUCUCAUGGCUGCCCACUCUGCUGACCUCAAGUGCCCAACUCCCGGCUGUGAUGGCUCCGGCCACAUAACAGGAAAUUAUGCAUCGCAUAGGAGUUUGUCAGGCUGCCCUCGUGCCAAGAAAAGUGGCAUCAAGAUCACCCCCACAAAGGAUGACAAAGAGGACCCAGAGCUGAUGAAGUGCCCUGUCCCUGGUUGUGUCGGGCUGGGACACAUCAGCGGCAAAUACGCCUCUCAUCGCAGUGCCUCGGGAUGUCCCCUAGCGGCCCGGAGGCAGAAAGAAGGGUCUCUUAACGGCUCAUCCUUUUCGUGGAAGUCGCUAAAGAAUGAGGGGCCCACCUGUCCGACCCCAGGUUGUGAUGGCUCAGGUCAUGCAAAUGGAAGCUUCCUCACUCACAGAAGCCUCUCUGGGUGUCCAAGAGCUACUUUUGCUGGAAAAAAGGGGAAAAUCUCAGGGGAUGAAAUUCUCAACACUAAAUUCAAGACCAGCGAUGUUCUAGAGAACGAUGAAGAAAUUAAGCAGCUAAACAAAGAAAUCAGUGAGCUCAAUGAGUCCAACACCGAGAUGGAAGCGGCCAUGGUGAAGCUACAGUCGCAGAUCUCAAGCAUGGAGAAGAACCUCAAGAACAUUGAGGAGGAGAACAAAAUGAUAGAGGAGCAGAACGAAGCCCUCUUCCUUGAGCUCUCAGGGCUGAGCCAGACUCUGAUCCAAAGUCUCGCCAAUAUCCGCCUUCCACACAUGGAGCCAAUCAGUGAGCAGAACUUUGACGCUUACGUCAACACCCUUACUGACAUGUACACCAAUCAGGAGUGCUAUCAGAAUCCAGAGAACAAGGACCUCUUGGAAAGCAUCAAACAGGCCAUUAAAGGAAUUCAGGUCUAAUUACAGUAGGA